AUGCACUUCACAAUCGCCGCUCUUCUUGCUUGCAGCGUUGUGGUCAACUCCAUGCCCGGCGGCGGCUGGUCCAAGACUACUUCUAGUUGCAUCACCAAGUCCACUUGCUCCGCCACUACCGUCCCCUACACGUCCAUCUUCACCAAGCCCGAGACUUCUGUCUCCACUUGUGUUACCAGCUACCCUUCCACUCACACAGGUUCCGAGACUAAAGUCUACACAACUACUGAAGCUUCUUCCACCAUCGGCAAGUCGACUGAGACAGUCUGGAGCACCGUCACCAAAUCCAAUGUUUGGACCACCUACACCCAGGUUUGCACCAAGAAGCCAGUUGUCUCUACAAAGACCUGGGUUGAGACUAAGCCCGUGGUCACUUAUGUUCCUUUCACCUCAACUGUUUACGUCACUGAGACUAAGACCACCACGGUCCCCAAGACUUAUGUCACCUACUCUCCUACCACAGAGUACAAGACCAUCACCACCCAGAAGCCUUACACUUCUGUUGGUUACAGCACUGAGAGCAAGUGUAAGAGCACUACCUCCUGGACGACCUGGGGCUGGUAA